GCAGUUAAAUGGCAUGGAGCUGAACGGUAAAACAUUAAACGUCGAACUGGCCCGAAUCAGGGAGUCACAGCCACCUAAAACGGCUAAAAAAUCAAGCGAGGACAAACCAAAGCGAAGUGGCGAGAGAAAGAGGGACAACAGAACUCGUAUGAGCAAAGAGGAACGAGAAGAGAAGAGACAAACAUUGCCUGAUUCCGAAACGCUUGUGUUUGUCGCCAAUCUUCCGUUUUCUUAUGAGGACGAGGAAUUAUCCAAGGCCUUUGAAGGAUUCAGUGUGACCUCAGCUAAAGUCAGCAAACGAUACAACGGCAAAAGCAGGGGCUUUGGUCUGGUGGAAUUCGAGACCCAUGAAAUGCAGCAGAAAGCCAUCCAGACUGUUAGCGAACUAGACGGGCGUGAGAUUAUCAUUCGUGUGGCCAAGAUUGAGCAGGAGAAGCAGCCCAGAGCAUCCACGGGUACGAGUAAUAAUAGCAAACCUGCGGCAUCUGGUGCAGAGGAUGAGUUGCACGAUACAGACGACACGGAGGUCAAGCCUGAGUAGUUAGAGAAUGUGGCCGAGUAGGUGUGGAAUGCGGCCGAGUAAGUGUGUACUGUAUUCGGUCGAGGGGAGGGUAGAUGUAUACUGUAUAAGGGAUGGGCACAUAGAGGCUUUGGCCGUGGAUAGGCAGGAGUUCAGUAAGUGGGUAGGGAUACUCAUAAGAACGUGACAGUUCUUCUGCUUGUGGGUGUUUGUGUGUUGGGCCACAUCUCAGCAGUCGCAGAUGAAGAUGUAUCAGGGAAUAUUUACUUUUGCAAGUAUGUGGCUGAGAUGGGAAUGAAAUAAAGACUGAAAAAUAAGUUCACGCGU